AUGGGCGGACCCUCGUCCAGGCCGUCGAGGCCGUCUCGGCCGUGUCGGCCGUGCAGGCCGUCCGGGCUGCAAGCUUUUCUGCUGGCACCCCUAGCAGGCCUCGGCCUGUGCCUCCUGUCUCUAGUCACCGUCUCAUCAGCGGAACAAGUCGUCCUGCUGGACACAACCCAAGAACCAACUUUAGAAUGGACCAGGUUUCCCUACGGGCCCAACUCCGUGACGCCAGGGUGGGUCGAGGAGUCGUUCACCAACUUCGACAAAGGCAUCAACUGGCGGUCGUACGUGGUGUGCGACGUCGCCUACAACAACGUCAACAACUGGCUGUGGACGCCCUUCAUCGAGCGGGGCAUCGCCAACCGCAUCUACAUCGAGAUCAAGUUCACGAUCCGGGACUGCUCGUUGUUCCCCGGCAACGCGCUCUCCUGCAAGGAGACCUUCUCGCUGCUGUACUACGAGUUCGACGCCGCCACCAAGGAGCCGCCGCCGUGGGAGCCCGAGAGCUACAAGAUGAUCGGUCGGAUAGCCGCGGGCGAGGGCCGCUUCAACCAGCCCACCAACAGCGAGGUCAUCAUCAACUCGGAGGUCAAGUCCAUCCCCGUCAACAAGAAGGGCGUGUACUUCGCGUUCCGCGACCAGGGCGCCUGCAUCUCCCUGCUCGCCAUCAAGGUGUACUACAUCACCUGCCCGGAGACGACCGUCAACUUCGCGCGGUUCCCGCCGACGCCGACGGGCCGCGAGGUGACGGUCAUCGAGCAGGCCACCGGCAAGUGCGUGGACAACGCCGAGGAGGUGGAGAUCCCCACGUACCUGUGCAAGGGCGACGGCAAGUGGUACCUGCCCACCGGCGGCUGCAAGUGCAAGGCGGGCUUCGAGGCCGACGUCGAGAAGCAGUCGUGCAACGUGUGCGCGCCCGGCAAGUACAAGCACGGCACCGGCGACGACCGCUGCCAGCCCUGCCCGGAGUACAGCAAGGCGCCCGACUACGGCUUCUCCGAGUGCCGCUGCAACGCGGGCUACUACCGCGCGCCCAGCGACCCCAAGAGCAUGCCGUGCACGAAACCACCAUCUGCGCCCCAAAACCUGACGGUCAACUUCGUCGACCAGUCGACUGUCAUAUUGUCCUGGUCAGUGCCGCAGUUCCUCGGAGGACGGUUGGACACCAUGUACAGGGUUGCGUGUGAUACUUGUGGGAACACUGUAUCCUACAUACCCAAUUCUGAUGUCUUUAAUGACACUAAAGUUACCAUCACUGGGCUCAACCCCGUCACCCAAUACCGAUUUAAAGUAUUUGCUGAAAAUGGUGUGACGGAGUUAGUUGGUGACAGUGAUUUUGUUGAUAUCACUGUAACAACGGAAGCUUCUGUGACUUCAUCUGUGACAAAUGUUAGAGUAACAAGUGUCAAGUCGACUGAGUUAUCCCUGGCAUGGGAUGCUCCGUUAACCAAUGAAGCAGCAGAUAAUGAAGGUGACACUGUUGAAGUGUAUGAGGUACGAUGCCAUCCCCGAAAUAAUGACAACAAUGCUACAAGUCAACUCACUAAAGAAAACCAUGUAACAAUCACUGGCCUACGUCAACGCACAGAGUAUGGCUUUGCUGUGCGUGCCAAAACCACUCAUGGAUGGGGUGAUUUUAGUCCAACAAUAUUUAAGACUACUGGUCAAGUUUUGGCCUAUGUUGGAGAUGACGAUAAUAUGCAAGUGCGCAUUAUAGCUGGAGCUACUGUUGCUGUUGUCGUUUUACUGGUUAUCAUUAUCAUCAUGACUGUCCUGUUCCUCAGAAGAGGAAGUGAUGAGUGUAACAAGAAGCAGCCUAGUGAUUGUGAUACAUUAGAAUAUCGCAAUGGUGAAGGACUAGUUGUCACAUACAUGCAUUGCAAUUUGGAUAAUCCCCCCAUAGUAACAACCCAUACGAAUGGAAUGACAACGCCUCUCUUCACACAAGUCGGGCCAUCUUCCCGGACCUACAUCGAUCCCCACACUUAUGAAGACCCCAACCAGGCAGUACGCGAAUUCGCACGUGAAAUUGACGCAUCCUGUAUAACCAUCGAAGCUAUUAUUGGUGGAGGUGAAUUUGGAGAUGUCUGCCGUGGCAAACUGAAACUACCCCCUGAUGGGCGAUUAGAAAUAGAUGUGGCAAUAAAAACUUUGAAGCCGGGUAGUUCAGACAAAGCAAGAAAUGACUUCUUAACAGAAGCCUCAAUUAUGGGACAGUUCGAGCACCCGAAUGUUAUCUUUUUACAGGGUGUUGUCACCAAGAGCAACCCUGUUAUGAUUAUAACUGAGUACAUGGAGAAUGGUUCUCUGGACACAUUCCUUAGGGCAAAUGAUGGAAAAUUCCAAGUUUUACAACUUGUAGGAAUGUUAAGAGGUAUUGCCUCUGGUAUGCAAUACUUAUCAGAAAUGAAUUAUGUACAUCGUGAUUUAGCUGCACGAAAUGUGUUGGUAAAUGCUCAAUUAGUCUGCAAAAUAGCAGAUUUUGGCUUGAGCAGAGAAAUGGAGAGUGCCACUGAAGGAGCAUACACAACACGGGGUGGGAAAAUACCAGUAAGAUGGACAGCCCCUGAAGCAAUAGCUUUCCGCAAAUUCACUUCAGCAUCAGAUGUGUGGUCAUUUGGCAUCGUCUGCUGGGAAGUUAUGUCUUAUGGGGAGCGACCAUACUGGAAUUGGAGCAACCAGGAUGUCAUCAAAUCCAUUGAAAAGGGUUAUAGAUUGCCUGCACCAAUGGACUGCCCUGAAGCUAUUUAUCAACUUAUGCUUGAUUGCUGGCAGAAGGAGCGAACACAUAGGCCUACUUUUGAGUCCAUUGUGAAGACUUUGGAUAAACUUAUACGUUGUCCUGAUACGUUACGUAAAAUUGCCCAAAACAGAACUGUUAAUCCACUGGCACCGGAUGCACCAGAUAUGACCCAGUUCACUACUGUUGAAGAAUGGCUCAAUUCAAUCAAGAUGACUCGCUAUUUAGAAAACUUUGAACAUGCAGGGAUUACCAGCAUGGAUGCAGUCGUUCGUGUGACAGUCAAGGAGCUUACCGCUCUUGGCAUCACACUUGUGGGACAUCAGAAGAAGAUAAUGAACAGUGUUCAAGCCAUGCGGGCACAGAUCUCAGCAAACCUGUCCGAAGGCUUCUUGGUUUAGUGUUGAGCAUUACAUCACAUGGACAUUAAAUGCAAUCAAGUGAUGCUCAAAUUUCGUCCUAUGUACAAAAACAAACCUCGUGUUCAGUUUUUGCAAAGUCUGAUUGCUUUCCUUAUGACUCGUUCACCGCAAAGAAAGCAUAAAUUAUGAAAAUCAUUCUUAAUACAAAGAAAUUAGACGGUAUGAAUUUUGUAUUUUCAUUGUAAGUAACCCUACUUUAAGUGAAGUAAUUUCUGUAAGCAGAAAUAAGUGUGUACUCUUUGUUUGUUACAUUUCACGAGUUUUGUACUCCAGUCAAUGUGAAUAUGUAGCAGAUUUUAAUGACACAUUCGUCCAUGCACUUUAAAUUGAUAAUUAUUUGAAAUGCAUACCUGCCUUUUCUCCAAGCAAUAUGGUUUGAUUGUUCUAAGAAGCAUGUUAAGGUGUCCGAACUGUUGCACCUUGCAAUUAAAUUAAUUCCAGUAUUUCCUUGGAGGUUGAAGUUCUGCUUGUAAUCUUGUUAUUAAUGUAUAAAAGUGUUGCACUUCAUUGUAAAUUUGUAAAAAAGGAAAUUACCAAUUUAAAUGAGAAGGCGCUAAUGUUUGAAUGUUGCCAAAUGAAAUAGGUGAAUUGAAUUAUAUUUCUGUGCAUAUGGGUUAUGCUAGGAAUCAUGUGAUGUUAAAAUUUUAAUUGUAGCCAUGGAACAAGUCAACGCUUUGUAAUUUUCUUAAAUGUUAAUAUUAUCUUUUAAAAAAUGUAAAUUUGAGAAGGUACUGUAUUUGUGUAAUUAUUAUUGCCAUUAUAUGUAAAUUUACUCAUGUGUGAACAGUUGAUGCAUUGUAAAUGAGAUUUCUGAUAUAAUACGUAUCACUGCCCAACCCUGUUUGUUUGUGUCUCCACUGAAAUUCUUGUAGUGGCCAUUCCACCAGAUAGUACUGUUGUUUAAAUUUCUCCUGUGAGAUGCGGAAAUAUUUAUUGGACUGUGCCUACAAAUUCAAAACCAAAAGAUAAAAAAAACAACCAAAAAACUGUUAUUUUAUCAAUUGCUCCUUACUUGUUCAAAUUCAACAGCAGACUAAAUGGGGAAAAAAUUCAACAUUCCUACCUGAUUGUUUUUUUAUGAGAAAGAAGCAAGACUAUAAGUAACCUUUGAGAACAAUUUGGUGUAGAAAUGUGUGUUACGAAACUGAGGUUGGUUCUAGAUAUCAUCAUGCAAUACUAAACUAAAUUAUAAUAUAUUUAAUGAUUCAGGAGCUAGAUUCACUCAGAGACACUCACCAAACCUUUUUAUAUUUAUAGGUUCAGACACCCUUGUGGGAACACAUCAACCAAUAGAUGUUUGACAUCAUGGAAAGAAAGUGACAUUUUUCUUACUUUGAUGUGUUUUUAUGAGGCAGCUUAUGAACGAUUUUAGUUAAGCUUUUGUCCUGUGUUUCUUCUCUGUUUUAGACAAAUGUUGCUACUUCUGUUGACAAUGUCUUGAAUACAUACUGUGAUUCUCUUUUCUAUGUUGCAUUUUAUUUUGUUUUUUAUGUCUUGUGUAAAAUGAUGUGCAAGGUUUUCAGAAGCUAUAACAUCAGGAAAAUACCUUUCCUCAGUUUUGUUCCUCUAUCUUGUUAGUCUGAUUUUAUAAGUUAUUCCAUUAAUUGUAAUUCCUGCAGAAUAUUUUUUACGUAAAGCAAAACAUAUGAUAGGAGUAGUGUGUAGGGUAACUUAGUUGAUGCCAAAGGAUCAAAGUCCACUUGAUUCUUCACAUUUUGACUCCACCUCAUUUUGCAUGUGAUAAGACUUCCUGUUGUUUUAGCUUCUAAACUUAUAGUGGAUGUCUACUUUGCAUGCAGACUUCUAUAUGUUUGUUUUCUUUUAUUUAAUGUCAACACUUUUGUUUGUAAAUAUGUUGUGGAAGUUAGUUCUUGAGAGUUGCUAAUUUUCUUUGUAGACAACGACUGUUUAAUUUAUAUUUUGGUUUGUUAAAUAUUUCCUCUUGACCUUACCUUAAAGUUUAUACUGUGUAUAAAACCAUCAAUGUGUACAUUUUGUCCGAACGUCUGCACUUGUGCAGUUGGUCUGUAACUUUUGGGUCUUGCUUGAUUUUGAACGUGCUUUUUCAUUUGUUAAGAAAGUUUUGUUAUGUUACUUUUCAACCAUCUGUAUUGUAUGGCACAGGCAUGGGUCGUUGUACUUUUCUGUUUACUAUUCUGUUUUUGCAGGUUUUUAUUUGUUUUUGUUAAACAUUCCUUCCAUAACAAAAUCCAUGGGCAAAUUAUCUCAGACGUUUUCAUGGUGCCACGUUGACUUUUAAAAAAUAGAAUAAAAACUACAUGAAGUGCAGGUAACUGUGAGAGAGCAAAUUUAAUUGAGUUAUUCUAAUUGACAGUGUCGAUACUAAACAAUCAAUCUCUAUGUACAGAAUAUUUUGCUUCCAGCAGAUCCCAAUAAUCAGUGCAUAAUACAUCAGUUCCUAUUUAAUUAAUUUUACCUUGUAACUCAAAGUCAAUCUGGAAUCAAGAGAAAUUGUUUGUUUUAUUUAAAUGUUGAUCUGGGACAAGAAAUUUGCUCUCUCACGCCAUAAAAUAUCUUAAUGUACUUUUGUAUAAAUGACGUACUAUAUCCAAAUGGAGAAAACAUAGGACAGUGAUAUUUUCAUAUCUUUAACAGAAGUGUAUGUUCAAAGCCAAUUGAGAUCUACCUUACUUGUAAAUUUAUGUAAAAUCUGUACAUGGUUAAGACGUAUAUUUCAUUUCAUUCCUGAAUAUAGACUGCCAGAUAAA